AUAUAGCGGCUGCUGCUGGAGGCUGCGGCUGACUUGCAAUCAGUCGGCACCGAGCGGCACUGCAGCGGCACUGAGAGGCGACUGCGCCACAUUCCACCCGACUAGCACCUCGCGGAGACUACUGGCCACCAGUCGCAGAACUGUCGCACUGUGAUUGUGUCUGUCUCUUAGUUUCCUGUCUGACUGAGGUUUAGUACAGCGACAGCCAGGCGUCCAGCCAUCAGCAACUGUGGAAGGUGAGCGGGGAGUCGACAUCUGACCACCUCUCCUCUCCUCUCCUCCAGUCCAGACUCGCAGACUGUCAACGACGCCCAGGGGGCGCGAUAACUGCUAGAUGAGAUGUUGAAGAACCCACAUCGCCCUUAAUUAACAGGCUUUGCUAAUGAGUGUAGGCGGGCUUGAGAACUAAUUGACAAGGUUAGCUUGGUGAAGGACCAAUUGGGGAGAGUAUCAGCCAUUUUGCUCCCGCUGUCACGCGCCAUUACUGCCAUCCACGUCUCGCGGCCACGGGUUCGACACUCGCUGCGGUCUCUGAGAAAUAAUCAACCUGGCUGGUCACCUGUCCGCCACAAACAACUUUUCUUGCUGAUGAAGCUACUGGUUACAGCAAUGGCUCACUCUAAAGGCGUUCUGUGUCUGCUGCUCGUUCUGAGCACCUUGGGUCACGUGACUUCAUUCGCUGUCAAGCGGCGGUUUGCGCGCCACGCAGACUUGGCGGACGCUCUGCGCAUGCUCGAACGUCAGCGCCGACGCAUUGAUGACGAAGACAAGUACGUCAGCGACCAGUCCGUUCUCCUGGGCGGCCGCCAUUUUCCCGCCAGCGAGUUCGAACCCUGGCUGGAGCUGCCCGCACCUGACGUGCAAAGCCCCGCGGGCGGCAGCGAGGUGAACGCGGCGUGGCUGGCCAAGACCCUCGGGCUUGACGAUAACAGGAACGAGGAAAUAGUCGAUGACACCCCCGGAACCUUCCUGGACGGACCGGUGGAAGGCUUCCCAGUGGUCAUGCAGCCGUCUGAUGAUGAGCUGGACGCCAUCUUCGGCGAGAAGGAUGGAGCGACGGACAGGAAGGCCGAAGCCGACGCGCAGGUGAAAGAAGAGACGAAGAAAGACAAGGUGUUGCCCGUAGAAACCAUCGAUGACGUCAGUAAAGUACUCGCCAUGGAAGCGAAGGGUCCUGGCGAUGCCAGUGGUGUGAAGGCCGCAGUGGAGGAGUCGGUGAAGCUGGACACCCUGACGAAGGACGAGUUCAAAGCGCUGCUGAGGGCGGUGGAGAAACUUCAAACAAGAUCGGUGAUACCCACAGGUACCGGCAGCAUUGUGAAGACAGAAGGAGUGCUGAAGGAUAGCGAGGGGCGACCUGUAGGUCAGGAGGAAGAGGUCAAGGAGGUGGAGACGGUACCUCAACAACUACAUGAACGGCGAAGGGGAGAAGAGGAAGAAGAGGAACUCGAAACGGAACACAGUGGAACCUGUCCCUCCCGCAGCCGCACAGCUCCAACGGUUAAUUGCUGGGACAAAUCUGGCCAGGUGGGAGGCUGUCUCAACAAGAUCAAUCAACUACAGGCAGAACUGGACAAAGUGAAGCUCGUGGCCUACCUGGAGGACAUCGAGAACGACAUUUUGACUGACGCGCUCAACAAGGCCACGCUUGCCCGGGUGGACGGACGGGUAUCGUCCGACGAGUUGAACUCCCUGCAGGAGGCCAUACAGAUUGAGGAGGCUCUUCAGGAGGUGAAGGACAAUGGCGAUGAAAACGAUGAUAAUGCCGAAGAAGACGUGGAGGAGGAGGAGGAGGAUGACAAGCGAGGAGAGCCAUGGCGGAAGAAGCGGGACCCCUUACAGUCGGAGGUACCCUACUACCUCACCGCCGACAGCGACGACGAGCAAGAGGAGACAGCAGACGACAAGGAGGAGAGCACCGCGCUGGCGCUACAACAACUUCUAGAUGAAGACAGAAAGAAAGCCAGCUUGCAGGCGUUGCUGAAGGAGAUAGAGGAGGCACGAGGCGAUGAGGCUGAAGAGGAGAAUGAAGGACUUGUGAAUGACUUCCCCAGCGUGGUACGGGAGGCACCACCCAGCUCCUACAUAGCCAGCCUCUUCUCUGAGAAUCCAGAGCAGUGCCCCGCCGUUAGAGAGUUCAGCACGAACUGCGAGUUUGCCGACAAGUACGGGCUGCCCAUAGACUUUGAGGCGCGCCUGUGCAACCUCCAUGAGAUGUGUUACGCAUGCGGCCACACUCUGCACGUGCAGCAGCAGCAGUGCGACUUCAUCUACCGCGCGGCCUCCAUGCUGCUGUGUGAGGAGGACGAGGAGUGCGAGCUGGAGGCGGAAGUCUUCCUCCGCACCAUGAAACUCAAGUUCCGCUAUGUGCCCUAUAGACAGUCCCUCUGUCACUCCCGAUGUGCUGCGCAGUUUCUCAGCAUCGUGUAGGGUGUGGGGGAGUUGGGGGAGUGUGGGGGAAUGUCGGAGCCGCAGCUUAACGGACACGUCAGCGGUGUUUUGACGAGAGAGUCUGUGGUGGAGGAUGAGGUUUGGCAACAGUUGCGUGUUGCCGGCCCCCUAACACCGCCGACAGGACCCUGUGCCCGGGGAACACCAUGUCCUCGGAUGAGAACUGUUCUGGUCACCUGCCUUGCUUAGUCUCAUGUCUGUUCUGCGACAGCUGUAGUUGACAGCUGUACUGACAGCUGUAGAAAUACUGAUGUUUGAUGCCGAGUGCGCACCCUGUUCACAGCUCCGUGUCCAGAUGGAGUUUUUUCUAAGUCGUGUGGUGUGCGCGUGCAUGAAGUGAUUGUAGUACCUGUCAACCCUCCCCUCCUGCCGUCAGUGUCCCUUCCCCGCGUGUAGCUCCAUGACCUCGUCAUGCUGACCCCUCACAUCAUCAAUACAUCAAGAACAUGCUGGGUCUCAAAUAUUAAAAUCUUUCAAAACUAGUAAAUUAUUCAUAGAUAUCAAAAUAAAUACAUCCGCUAUGAUGCCACAUGUUUGUUAUCAGACUGAACUCUACAAAUAAGGACUCAUU